UCCAGCUGUGUCGCUCAGUUCUCUGCAGAGCUCAGUGUGCUUCUUACCUUCAGGAUGAAGGUGUGUGUCCUCCUCGCGUGUGUGUGGCUUCUCUGCUGGAGGUCGGAGGCUCAGUCCAGCUCGUAUCUGAUAACGGCACCUCUAUCGCUCCGCCUGGACGCCGUGGAGACCGUGGUGGUGCAGCUGUUUGGUUUUACAGGUGAAGUCACCGUCUACCUGUUCCUGAAGACGUCAAUGGCUCCGAAUCACCGGGUUCUGGCUCGGGAGGUCGUGACCCUCAAUGCACAAAAUAACCACCAGGCUGACGCCAAAGUCCGGCUGUACCCAAACCAGCUGGACAAGAGUGCAAAUCAUGUGAUUCUCCAUGUGCAGUCAGAUGUGAUCAAUCAGCACCAGUCUGUGCCCAUCAGUCGCACCAAUGGCUUCCUGUUCAUCCAAACCGACAAACCGCUGUACACGCCGCGUCAGAGCGUCAAAGUGAGGGCGUUCUCCUUGAACCAGGAGCUGAGACCGGCUAAUCGCAGCGUCUACCUGACAUUUAAGGACCCGGACCAUACAACAGUGGACAUUGUGGAGAUGGUCGAUGUGAACAAUGGAAUCCCAUCUCUGCAAAACCCCUUUAAGAUCCCCGUCAACCCAAAGUUGGGCAUUUGGUCCAUUGAAGCUUCUUACUCCAAUGAUUUCACCACAACAGCAACCACCGACUUUGAAGUUAGAGAAUACGUUCUUCCCAGUUUCUCCAUCCAAGUGGAACCAGAAGCAAAUUACAUCAGUCACAAUUUAUUCACCAGUUUCAACUUCAAGGUUUCAGCCAGGUAUCUCCACGGCGCUCCGGUGGCUGAUGGUGACGUGUUUCUGCGCUACGGCUAUGUUAGUGGGAAAAGUCCUCCAGUUAUCAUCCCAAACUCUAUCAUCAGAGAAAGUGUAAGAGACAUGAACAAACACCAGGACACUUGUUAUUAUUAUUAUUAAUGCUGAUUAAUGUUG